CGGUGCCCCACUACGCGAUGCGUGAUCAGAAACGCUUCUUCGGCGAGGAAAACUGUAAACGCGUAUGUUUCGGUAAAGAACUGGUCAGUCUCACGAAGGUUCAGCAAGGCCGUGAGAGCGUAGCUCUAAGGAUUUAGCACGUUGAACAUCCAGUUAUCGCAGUGUGUUGGAUUCUGCUAAGGAUUUUGAACCAAUGAGAAAUGCUUCGGAAUGAUUUGCCAGAAGUUCGCCUUGAAAGAGUGCCUCGAAAAUAAAUAUUAAAUAAUAAAUAAAUAAAUAAGAAUAUGUAAACUAGAAGAUACUAAAAAAGUAUAACUCAACGCGCUUAAAACAUAUUCUAAGUGUCAAUAGAAAAAAUGCAGUGAUUUAAUAAAAACGCAAAAAAUAAUUGAUAUUGACAUUAAAGAAAUAUAAUAAAUCAGAGUAAAGUAAAGGUGUACACCCAGUUGUACACGGAUACGUUUACUGUAUAUUUUUAACCAAGUCAAGAGUGUUGUCCAAUAGAAAUUAUUGAAAAAGAAUUAUUGUUGCCGAAUUAUUGAAAAAUUUGUUAACAGAUCUUCACAAGAUGGCUAAGAUGUAUAUCUUGAUUGCAUUACUGUCGCAGCUACUUUUUACGCUAGUACAAGGACAGCAUUCUCCAUGUCCUCAAUAUUUCAGAUAUAUAACUAAACCGGGAACAGACGAAACGAUAGGGCAGAUUGAAAUCCAGUCUCCGCCAAAAGUUAGCAAACUCCAUUUGAAAGUGAGUUUAAAACUCACUGCUGAGUUACCUACGAAAUAUUAUGGUCAACUAAAAUUAGCACGAUCGACCGAAGACUCUGCUCAAGCUGUUUUACAGGGCAGGAGUUUAUUAUAUCAUAUUUAUUUCCCUUUACGCCAACCACUUCCAACAUUGACCACAAUAUGGUUCAAUGGUAAAAAAUAUUGUACGGGUCCCGAUGCAACAGGAGAUGUUGUGACUAUUACUAUUACUACUAUCACGUUGGAACAUACUCUCUAUCUGCCAAAUAUGCCUUCGCUAAAUUCACAACCGAAUGAAUCGCUUCAGAACUCGACACCAAAACCAGAACAACAAAGUAUUCCAAGGAAAACCACCGUCGCUUCUUUUCAAAAUAAUGGCAAUAUAUUGCUAAAUAUGCUCCCGAAGCAACCCGGACAAGUUUAUACACAAUAUAAUAAUAACAACGUAUUCCUAAGGAAACCGACCCCAACUCAAGCAGUCUCACAAUAUGAUUUUAAUAAUAAUAAUAUAUUUCUAAGGCCAUCUUUGAGUAAAAUUCCACAACAUAGUAACAAUAAUGACAUUAAUAAUAUAUUCCUACAGUCAAAUCAGUCACCUAAACCUCAAUCAAAUCAGUCUCCAGCCAAACUAAUUCCGCAUAAUAAUAAUAAUAAUAAUAAUAAUAAUAAUAAUAAUAAUAAUAAUAAUAAUAAUAAUAAUAAUAAUAAUAACAACAACAAUAAUAAUGAAUGUGGCAUCGGCAGUCGCUCUGGAAAUGCAAAUCUUUUGAUCGCUAAUGGGCAGGAAACAUUGCCUGGCGAAUGGCCAUGGUUAGCGGCACUUUUCGUCGUUACAAAUCAAUAUGAGUUUCAAUGCGCUGGAACUAUUCUGACAAAUAAAUAUGUCCUAACAGCGGGGCAUUGUUUGAAGACGAACCUUGAAAGCAACGAAACUAUACUUCCUAAUGUGUUGGCUGUAGCAUUGGGGCGAUUUAAUUUAUUCGGAUUUCGCGAGGUGGGAACCGUGAAUCGGGAAGUCGCAAGUUACACAAUUCAUCCCGAUUAUGCGCAUGACACCACCGGCGAUUCCGAUCUGGCGAUUUUAAACCUCAGAAAACCUGUGGAAUAUAACCAUUUCAUCAAACCUAUUUGUCUGUGGUCCGGUUCAUCUGAUCUUCACGACAUCGUCAGUAGAAGGGGAUACGUCGUGGGAUGGGGCAAAGAUGAAUUCGGUCAUCGUUACACCGAUCAUCCACGGAUGGCGAUAAUGCCGAUAGUCAGUCUGGAGACCUGUCACUGGAGUUAUCCGGGUUUCGUCAAACUCACCUCGAAUCGUACCUUUUGCGCCGGUGUGCAAAAUAGGAGCGGUCCUUGUAACGGUGACAGCGGGAGCGCGCUUGUACUUUUCGAUAAUACCACAGACCGUUAUCUAUUGCGUGGUGUUGUUUCACGGACAGUGUUUAGCCAUGAACCAAUAUGUGAUCUCACAAAGUACACCGUUUUUGUCGACGUGGCCAAAUAUCUAGUUUGGAUUCAACAGCAGAUAUCCACGUAACGAUAGUGUUGUUUCAAAAUGUAAAAUAUGUUAGAUAAAUAUGCUAGACAACAUUUUACAUAAAAUUUAUUUGAAGCUACAACACUUAAG